GUAACGCGUGGCUCCUUUGGGCUAGCGGGAGGGGCCGGAGGCUCGCGAGGGGCGGGGGCGGCGUGCGGCGGCGGCGGAGGAGCGUAGGGGAGGGGACCGGAGAGGAGGGGAUGAGCACAAGGGAGGGGAGAGGAGGGAGACCCGCCGCCUCCCUCCCUCCCUCACUGACUUGCUCCCUCCCGGGCUGCGGCUGCUGUAAAAGCCAGCAGAGGCAGCGGGAGUUGUCCCGAGGCCGGCGUCGAGGGUUCGCGGCUGUCUCUGCUAUUCCAUCCUCCCCAUAGGGGUUCUCUCCCCUCUCCCAUUUCAAGAUGGCAACCACCAGCUCUGAGGUCUCUGAAAUGAAGGGGGUUGAGGAGAGUCCCCAGGUUCCAGGUGAAGGGCCUAGCCGUUCUGAAGCUGAAACUGGCCCUCCCCAGGUCCUAGCAGGGGUCCCAGACCAGCCAGAGGCCUCGAAGCCAGGCCCAGAUACCACUGCAGCCCCUGUGGACUCAGGACCCAAGGCUGGGCUGACUCCAGAAACCACAGAGACCCCAGCUGGGGCCCCAGAAACAGCCCAGGGCUCAGACCUCAGCUUAAGCCCAGGAGGGGAAUCAAAGGCCAACUGCAGCCUGGAAGAGCCAUGUCAAGAAACAGUGUCCAAACCAGAAGUGAGCAAAGAGACCAUUGAAGACAAGGGGUCCAGGCUUGAGCCUGCAGCCCCACCUGAGCCAGUCCCAGAGCCUGCUCCCCAGCCAGACCCCCAGCCAGAUUCCCAGCCCACCCCCAAGCCAGACCUUCAACCAGAGCUCCCUACCAAGGAAGACCCCACUCCUGAGAUUCUGUCUGAGAGUGUAGGGGAAAAGCAAGAGAAUGGGGCAGUGGUGCCCCUGCAGGCUGGCGAUGGGGAAGAGGGCCCAGCUCCUGAGCCUCACUCACUACCCUCAAAAAAAUCCCCCCCAGCCAAUGGGGCUCCCCCCCGAGUACUGCAGCAGCUGGUUGAGGAGGAUCGACUGGGAAGGGCACAUAGUGGGCAUCCAGGAUCUCCCCGAGGUAGCCUGAGCCGCCACCCCAGCUCCCAGCUGGCAGGUCCUGGGGUGGAGGGGGGUGAAGGCACCCAGAAACCUCGAGACUACAUCAUCCUUGCCAUCUUGUCCUGCUUCUGCCCUAUGUGGCCUGUCAACAUUGUGGCCUUCGCUUAUGCUGUCAUGUCCCGGAACAGCCUGCAGCAGGGGGACGUGGAUGGGGCCCAGCGUCUGGGCCGUGUGGCCAAGCUCUUAAGCAUCGUGGCGCUGGUGGGGGGAGUCCUCAUCAUCAUCGCUUCCUGCGUCAUCAACUUAGGCGUGUAUAAGUGAGGGGCUCUGCCCUGAAUCCCAAGACUUUUCUUCUUGUUGGGAGCUGCCUUGGGCCCAUCCCUCCCCUGGGGGAAGCCCAACUGAUGGCCCUGGCCCCCACCCCUAAGGACCAAGGGAGCCUGAGCGGCCUUGUUUACAGCUUCUGUCCUGCUCCUGCAUCUUGCCAGGCUCUUCUGCCAACUGUAGGCCUCCCUCAUCCCUGCACUGGUUCCAACCUCCCUGCACUUCUGCCUGCAUCCCCUGCAGCCUCCUGGCCCCCAUCCCUGCACUUCUGGAAACCUCCCUGCACCCUGGAAACCUCCCUGAACACCUCCCCAACUCUUCGCUCUCAGCCUCCCUGCAUCUCUCCCGGCUGGCCUCCCUGCACUUCUUCCAGCCUCUCAAAUUCUCUGGACCUCCACCCUGGCCUCCUCCUCCCAACUUUCAUUGUCUUGGCAUCCUCUCCACCCCCAAGUCCUCUCUUCCUUCCCUUCUUUAUCAUCUCCCCUUCCCUCUCCGCUUCCCACCCCCUUCCUCUUCCUGCCUCCUCAUCUCCCCUAAGGCAUCCUCUUCUCCACCCUCCCGGCACCGUUUCCUCUGCAAAAAUGACAGCACUUAGAUCAGGCUGGGGGGUGGGGAGCAGUGCUGGGAGAGGGCUCCCCAACCCCGGGCUCCGACUGUUCUCCGCUGGGACCGCCCAGGCUCGGACACCCAAGGGUGCCUUGCAGGUCGCAGAGCUGGCAAGCCGGGCCUCGUGUGGGGACUUCUGCGAGGGUGGCGAGCACCGGUUCCGAACGCGCGCAGGGGAGAAGGGAGGGACAAGGCGCUGACCCUUCCCAGGUCAGCUGGAGUUGACUCGCCCACCUGGGCUUUUCAACCCCAGUCUGCGAGUUUUUCAUGAAGGUGUCGGGCUAGAUUUCUUCACGUGUUUCGUAAUGAAAGAACCCAAAAAAUAGGACCAAAGCUCCCACUGGCAGGAGCGAGGGCGGGGCGGGGAGCUCUAUAAUUACUUUCUAAGAUGACGGGGGAGGUUUGUUGCACGCGACAGCCCGCUGAGGAGGCGGGGACCGAGCCACAGCAUGGUUCAGAUUUGGCGGGUUUGUUUUUUUUAUUUUUCCCUAAAAAAAAAAAAAGUCUGGGGGAAAAAGAAACUAAAAUUCUUUAAAAUAUAUAUAUAUAUCAAAUUGAUUUAUCCCUUUUUGUAUGCCGGAUGUUGCAUGAGUCUGAAACACCAAUAAACGGAGACUGCAUGAGACUCGC